AUGGAUCACAUCGUGUCACUUUCACGGACUUGUGUGGGACUGUUGCGUAUCGUGGCAAACUCUGCUGCCCACAUGCUGCCAUAUGGCGAGCAGAGUGUGGAGCCUCUGAGCGGGAGCUUUCCCUCCGUCCCUGCGGAGGCCCUGCUGCACCCCUCAAUUGGGGAGCAGCUUCCCUUCUGCCGCUUCGUUUCUCGCACAAACCUCGGCAUCUCGGCACAGACCGUGCACCUUUGGCUCUAUCAGUGUCCUCCUCACCGCAGAGUCACGCAGACACUCACGGAGAAAGUAGGCAGCCUCAGAAGCGGAGCGAGCACCGGUUGUGUGAGGGACAGCAGAGCGGGGACAGGAAGCAUCCCGGCGGCAUCAGGUGACCGGGGCGACCAGAGGCUCCAGAAGAACUCCAGAGAACUAACAGAGGGGAGGGAGAGGACAGAGAAAAAAGUAGAGAGGGAGGAAGCCAGCAGCGACCUCCUACCCGACAACCUCGGAAGCAACAAAAAAAAAAACAACAACCAUAAAAUGAAUUCAGACUCGAGCCCCAGCAGCAGAGCUUCUUCCCCGGACAUGGACGGCAUGUAUCUCCGAGACCACCACCCGCUCCAUCACCACCACCACCACCACCACCACGUCGGCUCGUCUGUGUCCUCCUCCACGCAGAGCGAGCUGCAGAAGAUGAGCGAGCACCUGCGCUCCGGCGACGGCAAGCCCGCGUCCGUGGGCAGCAGCAGCAGCAGCAGCAGCAGCAAGUACAAACUCAAGAAGCAGGUCACCGAGGAGGAGAUGUACCAGCUCCGCCUGAAGAUCAACGGCCGCGAGCGGAAGCGCAUGCACGACCUCAACCUGGCCAUGGACGGCCUGCGCGAGGUGAUGCCCUACGCGCACGGACCCUCGGUGCGGAAGCUGUCCAAGAUCGCCACGCUGCUGCUGGCCAGGAACUACAUCCUGAUGCUGACCAGCUCCCUGGACGAGAUGAAGCGGCUGGUGGGGGAGAUUUACGGAGGCCAGCACUCGGCCUUCCACUGCGGCCCCGUGGCGCACGGCCCCGGCGCGGGCGGACACUCCGGCGGCCCCUCCGCGGCCGCGGCCGCAGCCGCAGCGGCCGCAGCGGCCGCCGCCGCGCACCAGGUGCACCCGCUGCUCGGGGGCGCGCUGUCCUCCUCCACGUCGUCCACCCUGUCCAGCGCGCUUCCGGGUCUGACGUCCCUCCGGGCGCCGCACGCCCUGAUGAAGGGCUCCCCGGCCGCACCCCCGGCCCUGCAGCUGGGCUCCGGCUUCCAGCACUGGGCCGGGCUGCCGUGCCCCUGCAGCAUCUGCCAGGUGCCCCCUCCACCGCACAUCCCCAUCACCUCCACCGGCCUCACGAGACUCACGGGCGAGGGAAAGGACGGGCUGAAAUGA